AAGCAGUCUUCUCAUAAUUAUGUAUAAUUUAUUUUCAUUAUUGUAAGAAAACUAUUUUUUCUUCUAUAAAUAAACUGAUUUUUAAUGCAUUAGAGUAUUCUAUAAUUUACCCUCCCUCCCAUACAACCUUUUUGCAUCAAUAAUCUCUAUCUUUGAGAUUAAAAAAAAAAAAAACAUCCUCUAUUCUGCAUCCCAUUCAAUGAGUUGGUGGUGGGCAGGAGCCAUAGGAGCAGCAAAGAAAAAAUUCGAAGAAGAUGAUGUACCCCGCAAGUACCAGAGUGUGGCCCUUAUUAUUGGAGUUACCGGCAUCGUUGGCAAUAGUCUGGCUGAGAUCUUGCCAUUUGCAGACACCCCAGGUGGCCCUUGGAAGGUCUACGGUGUGGCUCGCCGCCCUAGGCCAAUCUGGCAGGCUGAUCAUCUCAUUGAAUACAUCCAGUGCGAUGUCUUUAACGAACAAGAAACCCUUGAGAAGCUCUCCGUUCUCACUGAUGUAACCCAUAUCUUUUAUGUUACUUGGGCAAGCAAACCCACAGAAGCCGAGAAUUGCUUCGUGAAUGGCUCCAUGCUAAGAAAUGUUCUCAAUACAAUGAUUCCAAAUGCAGCAAACUUGCAGCACAUUUGCUUGCAAACAGGACGCAAGCAUUAUUUAGGUUCUUUCGAGUCUAUGGGCAAGAUUCAACCUCAUGAAUCUCCAUUCCAUGAGGAUCUCCCAAGGCUUAAUGCAAUCAACUUUUAUCAUACACUUGAAGACCUAUUGUUUGAUCAAGUGGGAAAGAAGGAAGGCUUGACAUGGUCAGUUCAUAGACCUGGAUUGAUAUUUGGUUUCUCACCUUCAAGCUUGAUGAAUGUGGUUGGGACUUUAUGUGUAUAUGCAACGAUUUGCAAGCAUCAGGGGCUUCCAUUAAUCUUUCCUGGGGAUCGAGUUGCAUGGGAUGGGUAUUGGGAUGCAUCAGAUGCAGAUUUGGUUGCGGAGCAUCAGAUAUGGGCAGCAGUGGAUCCUAAUGCAAAGAAUGAAGCUUUCAAUUGCAGUAAUGGGGAUGUGUUCAAGUGGAAGCAUUUGUGGAAUUCGUUGGCAGAGCAGUUUGAGAUUGAGAAUUAUGGGAUUGAAGAGGAGGGUGACAAGAGAUUGAGCUUGGUUGAGAUGAUGAAAGACAUGGGGCCGGUAUGGGAUGAGAUUGUGAGGGAGAAGGAGUUGGUGCCUACAAGAUUGGAGGAAGUUGCAGCUUGGUGGAUUGUGGAUCUGUGUUUUCAAGGAGCUUCAUUCUUGGAUACUAUGAACAAGAGCAAAGAACAUGGAUUUGUGGGGUUUAGAAACACGAAAAAUUCUUUUAUAUAUUGGAUUGAUAAAAUGAAAGCUCACAAAAUAGUUCCUUGAUUUGAGGGUUGCUUGGAGUUACUUUUGGUAAGCAUCCUGAACCAUAUUCCAACUUGAUAUUAUUUGGCUAGUAAUUGUUGUUGUUGUUGUUCUUGUUGUAAUGGAUUGAAGAGAUUGUAUUGAAAUCUUAUGUGGAAUUGGACUAUGAAUAGGCAGCUUGUUGGUGUUUAAA